CCGAGUUCCGGGUACGCCGUAGCCAUUAGCCAAUCAGCCAUAGCCCUUCCCGGUCAAUUAAUCAAGUGCGAGCGUCGCCGUUGCUGAGAAAACUCUCCACCGACCUCUGCCCAGAACUGUCGAAGCGAGACGUCUCCUCCUUGAAUCGGGACCUUUUCAUUCAGAAUAUGCUCUAGUUUGUGUGCAGCAAUAUUUCAUCAGGGAUGGCAGAGGAUAAGAUUGGAAUUGCCAAGGAUGUCACUGAGUUGAUUGGUAAAACACCAAUGGUAUAUCUCACCAAUGUUGUGGAUGGCUGCGUUGCUCGUGUUGCUGCCAAGUUAGAGAUGAUGGAACCCUGCUCAAGCGUCAAGGAUAGGAUUGGAUAUAGUAUGAUAGCUGAUGCGGAGGAGAAGGGUCUUAUCAAGCCUGGCGAGAGUGUCCUUAUUGAGCCAACAAGUGGAAACACCGGGAUAGGGCUGGCAUUCAUGGCAGCAGCCAAGGGCUAUAGACUUAUAAUUACAAUGCCUUCUUCGAUGAGUUUGGAGAGAAGAAUGGUUCUCAGAGCUUUUGGAGCAGAGCUUGUUCUUACAGAUCCGGCAAGAGGCAUGAAAGGUGCUGUUCAGAAGGCAGAAGAGAUCUUGGCAAAGACACCUAAUUCUUAUAUUCUGCAGCAAUUUGAGAAUCCUGCCAACCCAAAGGUUCACUAUGAGACCACAGGACCAGAAAUCUGGAAAGGCUCUGCUGGCAAAGUUGACGCCUUUGUGUCUGGGAUAGGAACUGGAGGAACAGUAACUGGUGUAGGGAAGUAUCUUAAGGAGCAAAACCCUAAUAUAAAGCUCUAUGGUGUAGAACCAGUUGAAAGUGCAGUGUUGUCUGGAGGAAAGCCUGGUCCACAUAAAAUCCAGGGCAUUGGUGCAGGCUUCAUCCCUGGAGUCCUCGAUGUCAAUUUGCUUGAUGAAGUUGUUCAAUAUCAUAACCAACUUUCUCCCAUCGUCACUGAAAUGUGUUCAAUUGAAUUGCCUGUAUUGCAGGUAGGAAUAUCAUCCGGUGCAGCCGCAGCUGCUGCAAUCAAGAUCGCGAAGAGGCCCGAGAAUGCUGGAAAGCUCAUAGUUGUGGUGUUCCCAAGUUUUGGCGAGCGUUACCUCUCAUCAGUGCUCUUCGAAGACGUGAAACGAGAAGCAGAGAACAUGGUGUUCGAGCCUUGAACCUGCCUCUGAUGGAGUGCAUGGUUACUGAUCAGUACGGUCUCUGAUUUUUAAUGCUCGAGGUUUCUCUAGACUCCAUUACCGUUUCUUUCUCUCUCUCAAAAAGUUGUUUUCUGUAGCAUUGACAAAAGGGUUUGUAUUAGUCUACUCAAUAACGGUGCCCGGAGUUGGCCGACUUGGUGUUUCUGCUGGGUUUCUGAUCCUCUCCAUGGAGGGGAAAGAAAGAGGUGCUUGAGAUAUGCAAUUAGGGGUGGCAACCGGUCGGUUUCGGUUUAACUGAAAACCAAAGACCCGGUUAUCGGUUAAACCGAGACCCCCCCUUAAGCUGCCAACCACCGACCGAAGAAAGAGCACGGUUAGCCGGCCAAUCGACCGAGCGAUUCCGGUUUUGGGCUCGGUUAGCCGGCCAACCGAAAAAAUUACAUUUUCCAAAAAAAAAAAAAAGAAGAAAAAAUCUGCACCACUCAAUCUCAAACCUUAUCUUCUCCUCUCUCCCCUCCACCAGACCCUUCUCUUCUCUCUCCUUCCUUCCCCACCAUUUCCUCCACCAGAACCUUAUCUUCUCCUCUCUCCCCUUCCUCCACCGGAAGAAAACCGCUGCAUGAGACGACUCGCGAUGGUGGGAGACUACUCACGGCGGGAGACUUCUCGAACCGCCGUCGCAGAAAUCGCUCGUCGACUCCACGGCUUCCUUCAGAUCCGUCAAGUUACAGGCCGAGAUUCAGAGCCACAAGUCAUCUUCAUCGUCCCCGCCGUCAAGCGACGAUCUGGAUGCUCGCCCGCUGGUCACGCGGCGGAGGAACCAGUCCUGGAGCUCCAUCUAUCUGAGCGAGUACAAGGUGUAUAAAGCGGAGCCGUUCUCCCAGUCGAGCUGGAGGCUGGCGGCGGACGCGGCGACUCAGACCGACGACAAGAGGCGACGGGUCCCGCUGCUUCGACCCUUUCUUCACGUAGUCCUUGCAUUCCUCCGCCACGCCUUGGACGUCGACGCCGCAUGUUCUGCCGUCGUAAUUGCCAGCAGAAGCAGAGCCGCCCCCAGAACGACGCCGGUUUUGGCCAUCUUUUUUCUUUUUUUUCUGUGGGGAAUUGGAUUGUGUGUUUGUAAAUUUGGGUGGGUUGGUUUGUUUGUUUUAUAGUGGGGAGAAGGGGUUUUCGAUUUCGUGGGAUUUCUGGUGAAACGGGAUGCGUGGUUGUUUAGGGUAUGUGGUCAUGAAGAUUGGAUUGGGUUUGGGAUUACACUUGGAGAAUCGGGUGAAAUUGGUAUAUUGAUGGAAGUGAUGAAGUUGUGAAGAUGAGAAGAGAAUGGAAGGUGGGUGGGAGCAGAGAGGAGAUCGAGAUGAGGUUGAAGGGAUGGGGAGUUCUUUGUGAGGAGGAAGAAGAAGAAGAAGUGGAGAUGAGGUUGCAGGAGGUUGUGGCGAUUAGGGUUGGAGAGGAGAGGGGUCGUUUUGGGGCUGGGGGAAGGGGUCGUUUUGGUAGGGCUGAAAAUUUGCCUGUCCAGUCCCUGUCCCGUCUCUGUCCCUGUCUGACCCGUCCCUGAAGGGUCAAGAUGUAUAACCGUCCCGUCCCGUCCCUAUCUCCUUCUUGACCCUGUCUGACCCUCAAGGGUUGGGACGGGACGGGACGGGCCGGGUCAGUGGGUCGACCCUAAUCAACACACUACUUUUUUACAAAUUACGUUUUGGUACCCAAAAUUAUUUUUUCUUACAAUUUAGUACCUAAAUAUUAUUUUUUUUACAAAUAAGUCCA